AAAACAACAAUCAAAGAGCAGUUCAGUCAAGGAAAACGCCAUAAAUCAGGAUUUCAGAGUGUGAUCUCAGAUCUUGAGUGUGAAGAUACAUCUACAUUAAACCAGAAAUCACUAAAAGUGACAUCUGGACAAGAACAUUUGGAAAAUUUAAAAACUGUGAACGUUGAUCAUGGAAAUUAAAGAGGAAGGGGCAUCGGAAGAAGGGCAGCACUUUCUUCCUACAGCUCAGGCCAGUGAUCCCAGGGACUCUCAGUUCACAAGUAUUCAGAAGACUCCAAAUGAACCACAGUUGGAAUUCAUCCUUGCAUGCAAGGAUCUCGUGGCUCCUGUCCGUGAUCGUAAAUUGAAUACACUGGUGCAGAUCUCAGUAAUCCACCCCGCGGAGCAGAGUCUGACAAGAUACUCCAGCACUGAAAUUGUGGAGGGAACAAGGGACCCACUGUUUUUGACUGGUGUCACAUUCCCAUCUGAGUAUCCCAUCUAUGAGGAGACCAAAAUAAAACUAACAGUCUAUGAUGUCAAGGAUAAGUCUCAUGACACUGUUCGAACCAGCGUCCUACCAGAACAUAAGGAUCCUCCGCCAGAAGUUGGGCGAAGUUUCUUGGGCUAUGCCAGUUUUAAAGUGGGAGAGCUACUGAAGUCAAAGGAGCAAUUGCUGGCCCUGAGCCUGAGAACUUCAGAUGGUGGCAAAGUGGUCGGCACCAUAGAAGUCAGUGUCGUGAAGAUGGGGGAGAUUGAGGAUGGGGAAGCCGACCACAUCACCGCAGAUGUACAGGGACAAAAGUGUGCCCUGGUAUGUGAAUAUACAGCCCCAGAAAGUGUGAGCGGAAAAGAUAACCUGCCUUUUUUGAAUUCAGUGUUAAAGAACCCAGUAUGUAAAUUAUAUAGAUUUCCCACAUCUGAUAAUAAGUGGAUGCGAAUUCGAGAGCAGAUGUCAGAGAGCAUUCUUUCUUUUCAUAUUCCUAAGGAAUUGAUCUCCCUUCACAUUAAAGAAGAUUUGUGUAGAAACCAGGAGAUAAAAGAACUUGGUGAGCUUUCUCCACAUUGGGACAAUCUGCGAAAAAACGUCCUUACUCACUGUGAUCAAAUGGUGAAUAUGUACCAAGACAUUCUGACAGAACUUAGCAAGGAAACAGGAUCCUCUUUCAAAUCAAGCAGCAGCAAAGGAGAGAAAACAUUAGAAUUUGUUCCAGUAAAUCUACAUCUGCAAAGAAUGCAGGUACACAGCCCUCACUUGAAAGAUGCUCUCUACGAUGUCAUCACUGUGGGAGCCCCAGCUGCCCAUUUUCAGGGAUUUAAGAAUGGUGGUCUGAGGAAACUACUCCAUAGAUUUGAAACAGAAAGAAGAAAUACUGGAUACCAGUUUAUUUACUAUUCACCUGAAAACACAGCCAAAGCAAAAGAAGUUCUCAGCAACAUCAAUCAACUACAACCUCUUAUAGCAACCCAUGCAGACCUACUGCUUAAUUCUGCAAGCCAGCAUUCUCCAGACAGCUUGAAGAAUUCUUUAAAGAUGCUUUCAGAAAAAACAGAGCUCUUUGUACAUGCCUUCAAGGAUCAACUCGUCAGGAGUGCUCUUUUAGCCCUCUACACUGCAAGGCCAGGAGGUAUUCUUAAAAAGCCACCCUCUCCUAAGAGCAGCACAGAGGAGAGCAGUCCCCAGGACCAGCCCCCACUGAUGAGAAGACAGGACUCCAUACCACAUCAUUCAGACUACGAUGAGGAAGAGUGGGACAGGGUGUGGGCCAAUGUGGGGAAGAGCCUGAACUGCAUUAUCGCUAUGGUGGACAAACUGAUUGAAAGAGAUGGUGGCAGUGAAGGCAGUGGCGGCAGCAAUGAUGGAGAAAAGGAACCUUCAUUAGCAGACACCAUCCCCUCUCACCCAAGAGAGGACUGGUAUGAACAGUUGUAUCCCCUCAUCCUUACCCUGAAGGACUGCAUGGGAGAAGUGGUGAACCGAGCCAAGCAGUCCCUGACGUUUGUGCUCCUUCAGGAACUUGCAUACAGCUUGCCCCAGUGUCUGAUGCUGACGCUAAGAAGAGACAUCGUCUUCAGUCAAGCACUUGCUGGAUUGGUUUGUGGUUUUAUCAUCAAAUUACAGACAAGUCUGUAUGACCCAGGCUUCCUACAGCAGCUUCACACAGUGGGGUUGAUAGUACAAUAUGAAGGACUGCUAAGUACAUACAGCGAUGAAAUUGGAAUGCUAGAGGACAUGGCUGUUGGCAUUUCCGAUUUAAAGAAAGUCGCGUUUAAAAUAAUUGAAGCCAAAUCCAGUGAUGUGUUGCCAGUUAUAACAGGAAGACGAGAACAUUACGUGGUAGAGGUCAGGCUUCCAGGCAGAAUGUUUGAGUCGCUCCCUCCACAGAUUAAAGAAGGACAGUUGCUUCAUGUGUAUCCAGUACUCUUUAACGUUGGAAUCAAUGAACAGCAAACUCUGGCUGAGAGGUUUGGAGAUGUCUCUUUGCAAGAAAGUAUUAAUCAGGAAAACUUUGAACUUCUACAAGAAUAUUACAAGAUAUUUGUGGAAAAGAUGCCUCCUGACUACAUUUCGCAUUUUCAGGAACAAAAUGAUUUAAAAGGAUUACUAGAAAAUCUCCAUCAAAAUAUCCAAUCCAAAAAAAGAAAGAAUGUAGAAAUUAUGUGGCUGGCUGCAACGAUUUGCCGCAAACUAAAUGGUAUUCGUUUCACCUGUUGUAAAAGUGCCAAAGACAGGACAUCGAUGUCAGUGACACUUGAACAGUGCUCCAUCUUGAGAGAUGAGCACCAGCUGCACAAGGACUUCUUCAUCCGAGCACUGGAUUGCAUGAGAAGAGAAGGAUGCCGCAUAGAGAAUGUACUGAAGAAUAUCAAAUGCAGAAAGUAUGCUUUCAACAUGCUACAGCUGAUGGCUUUCCCCAAGUACUACAGACCUCCAGAGGGGACUUAUGGAAAAGCUGACACCUAAGUUUACCAACAUGUUAAUAAACAGGAACACAAAUACGUUUCAGUUGGAUAAUCUUCA